UUGGCAUACUUUUCUUCCACACCUUUGAAGCUAUGAAGCUCCUGAAUGCUGUGGUGGUACUUGCCCUUGUUGCGGCCGUAAGCGGUGCUGAUGUGCUCAAGGCUACGUGCGAGCUGAAGCCUGCGGGCGACAACGAUGUGAGCGGGACGAUUGAGCUGUCGCAGGCAGGCGUCGGUGGCGUGGUGACCUUUACUGGAACGGUGAACAACUUGCCGGAUGGCCUGCACGCGCUCCACGUGCACACCUACGGCGACGUGACGGUGACGAGCGGCAAGGGUGCCGGUGGCCACUGGAACCCACACAACAAGACGCAUGGAUGCUACCCGUCGACCGACCGGCAUGCCGGCGACGUCGGUGACAUCUCGGUCUCGGGCGGGACGUACACGUUCCCGGGCAGCUUUGAGCGCGACCUGCUCGAGCUCUCGGGUGUGAACUCUGUCAUCGGGCGGUCGCUGGUCAUCCAUGCCAACACCGACUCGUGCACCGGCACGGCCGGCGAUGCUGGCGCGCGUCUUGCUCAGUGCGUUAUCGGCGUUGUCGACCCGGGCACAGACACCCAGCUUGCGCACUACCGCAACCCGACCGGGACCAACACAACCUGGGCUGUGGCUGUCAUCGACGAUCUCGGGGCCGGGCGCAACGUUGCCGGCAAGGUCUGGUUCCAGCACCUGCCAUCGGGCAAGGUCCGCGUCUACCCGCGGCUCUCCGGCUCGUUUGGCGAGGCCGAGCAGCGGGCGCUCCACGUCCACACCUACGGCAAGGCCACGGGAACCGGUGGACACUACAACCCGGCCGGCGUGAAUCAUGCACUCCCGAUGGGUGUGCGCCACAUGGGCGACAUGGGCAACGUGGUCUCGACCAACGGCACGUCACCGGUCUACUCGUCGCAGCGCGACUUUGACCUCCUCGACAUGGGCGCCGGCCUGGACAACAUCAUCGGUCGCGCGGCAGUCAUGCACGACGGGCGGGACACCGGGGAGCAGCCGACCGGCGCCGCUGGCACCAAGAUUGCCGCCGGCCCCAUCGGCAUCUCCAACGGCGCGCCGGCCAAGGUAACGGUCGUCAUCAAGGGUACGUCAAACGCGCCCGGCGUCUCCGGCCUCGUCACCCUCGAGCAGCUUCACGGCCCGGGCACUCCGGUGACCAUCUCCGGUUCGGUCUCCGGCCUCCCGGCGGGCGACCACGCAUUCCACAUCCACACGUACGGCAACCCGACGGUGGCGGACGGCACCGGCGCCAUGGGUCACUACAACCCGGACGGCGUCUCGCACGGCUGCUCGCCGAACGCCCGCCACGCCGGCGACAUCGGGACCAUCACCGCGGCCUCAGACGGCACGUACACUUUCCCGGCCGACUUUACCCGCGACCUCAUCGACUUGACCGGCCCGCGGUCUGUUGUCGGCCGCGCCAUCGUCAUCCACGCUGACCGCGACGACUGCAACCCGCCUUCGGGCAACGCCGGCUCGCGGCUCGCCGUGGGCGUCAUCGGCCUCUCUGCUGUCUCGUCGCUCGAGAUCAACUCGGGCUAUGCCGGCGAAGAGGCGCCGCCGCCGGCCUUCCGCGCGGUUGCCGUCAUGCAGUCGAUCGAGGAGCCGAAGAACUCGCGCUUUGAGGCGACCAUGUACUUUGAGCAGAUCAACGGGGACAAGGACCUCCGCAUCUACGGCAUCGUCAAGGGUCUUCAGGCCUCGUCGGUCCACGGCAUCCACGUCCACCAGAACGGUGACCUUUCGUCGGCCACCGGUGCCAACCUCGGCGGGCACUACAACCCGUACUCGGUGGCGCACGGCCUCCCGCCCAACGUCCGCCACUACGGCGACCUCGGCAACUUUGCCAUUUACAAGGACGGUACCGGCUACGUUAACAUGGUUGUGCCCGGCGUCCAGAUGUCCGGUGUCGACUCGAUCAUCGGCCGCGCCCUCGUCUUCCACUCGGGCUCGGACAAGGGCACGGGUGCCUCGGGCGACGCAGGCGUUAAGAUCGCGGCUGGCGUCAUUGGCAUCUGCGACGUCAACUGCUGGCCGAGGACCCUCGCCCUUCAGCCCGUCGACGAGGGCGAGAAGAUCCACCCGGCUACCUGGGUCAUCCUUGCUGUCGUCAUUGUCAUUGCUAUUGCCGGCAUCGCCGCUGGUGUCGUCUUCUGGCGCAAGAAGAAGGCCAACGCCCCGGACUCCAAGCUUGACUUUAUCUGAGUCCCUGGCUCCCCUUUCCUUUGCGAGUGCAUCUCGGUAAAGACCGACCCCACUCCC